GUCGCCACGCCACACCACACCACACAACCAAAACAAACCUUCUUCUAUCUAUUCGUUCCAAAUAUACACAUUCCAUUUUCCUUAUUCACACAAAGCUUCAGUUCCAAAACCAUCCCAUGGCGCUCACGAUGAUGGCGGUGAUCGGCAUCGGCGGCAAGCAAGACAAAAAGACGCCGCCGGCAGCAGCGGAGGAGAGCGAGCUGAAGAAGCGGAACGAGGAGCUCGAGAAGGAGCUGAGAGAGAGCAAGGAGAGAGAGGAGCAGAUGAAGCGCCAACUGCAGAGCGCGUGGGAGAGGCUGCGCGUGGCCGAGGAGGCCGAGGAGAGGCUCUGCUCUCAGCUCGGAGAGCUCGAGGCGGAGGCCGUUUACCAGGCGCGUGACUACCACGCGCGCAUCGUCUCGCUCAUGGACCAGCUUUCUCGCGCGCAGGGCCUCCUUCUUAACAAGAACACCGCCUCCUCCAUUCCGCUUCCUUCCUCCUCCUAGCUUUUCGCAUUUUCAGACUCAUUCUUCUUCUUAGAUGUAUAUCGAUGAUGAUAAUGAUCGCGAUCCAUUUUCGCGUGGAUCCAAUCUGUUGUAAAAUUUUGGUGAAUGAUUGAAAAUAGUUUUGUUUGUUUGGAGUUUCGAA